AUGCUGGGCGUGAUCGCCCUCAUCUCUUCGUGUGCUUUUGCUCAGAAUCCAUACACCAAUGUCAAUGACUCGAACUAUCACCGCCUACCGAACUACUCCCCAGCCAGACCACCAGCUGUACCCUUGGCCGUCCGUUCCCCUUACACAAGCGCCUGGCAGUCGACAGCAGGCAACAGCACACUCAACUCUGGAAGUGUUCAGUUCUGGACGGGCGGUGACCUAGGAUGGGAGGGCAUUGUCACAGUCGAUGGCAUCUCUUACGAGUAUCUAGGCAUUGCCUACCAGACAUUGCCCGUGGUGCCGAUCUUCCAGACUGCAGUGCCGACGAACGUGGCGUACGACUCACAAUACUCCAACUAUACCUUCCAAGCCGGGCCGGUUAUGAUCACUGCCAGCUUCUUCUCUCCAGUCAUUCCAAAGGAUCUAUGUCGAACUAGCAUUCCCUUGAGCUACCUGACCACAUCAAUCGAGUCUCUAGAUGGCGCCGACCACGAUGUCCAACUUUACUCCGACGUCAACGGCAAUUGGGUGGCACCAGAAGGCAACAAGACCCUCAAUUGGGACCUGUAUCGCAACACAAUGUCCAUCAACGGAAGUGGAAACGCGACAGACUCGCCCAACCUCCUCUACACCUGGCUCUUCAAUCUGUCGUCACAAUACCAAUUCGCCGAAGAGAGCCAGUUACCUCUCUGGGGAAACUUCUCCUACACCACAUGUCCCGGACAAGCCAGCAAUUUCAGCUUUCAAAGCGGCUACUCAGCCAACCUGCGCUUCAACUACAUCAUGCAGCAUUACCUUGCCGACAAUGUCGACAGCGACUACCGCGGCGCGCAAGAGAUGGAACCAGUCUUUGCUUUCGCUCACGAUUUCGGUUCUACCAGCUCCGCAGCAGUCCGAUACACUCUCGGCUCCUCUCAGACCCCAAUAAUGCGGUACCUCACAUCCUCCGGCGUCCAAGCUCUCCAACCCUGGUGGGCCAACUGUUACGGCGACCUCUUCUCAAUGAUUGCAUAUCACUACAACGACUACGACAGCGCCGCAGCGCUAGGCAACGCCUUUGAAGCGCAACUCAAAUCCGACAUCGACGCAUUUUACGCCCCCGAAUACGCCAACACCCAACCAGAAGCAUACUACUCAUUCGUCGCUCUAGCAGCACGUCAAGUAAUGGGCGCAUACGUCCUCACCGUCAACCCCAGCCCCAACACCACAGACUCCUCCCCACUAAUGUUCCAAAAAGAAAUCUCCUCCGACGGCAACGUCAACACCGUCGACGUAAUGUACCCAGCAAUGCCGUUUUUCCUGUACGCCAACCCCGCCCUACUGUCAUACAACCUCGAUCCGCUCUUUUACAACCAAGAAUCCGGCUUUUACCCAAACUCAUACUCGAUGCACGAUUUAGGGUCCAACUUCCCCAACGCAACAGGCCACGUGGAGGGCAACGACGAGUACAUGCCGGUCGAAGAGUCAGGCAACAUGAUCAUAAUGACAUACGCCUACUACGCUCUCACAGGCGACACCUCCUAUCUAUCGCAACACUAUCCCAUUCUGCAGCAAUGGUCCGAAUACCUCAUAGAGUACAGUCUCUUGCCCGGCCAGCAACUCAGCACCGACGACUUCGCAGGGCAACUCGCCAACCAGACCAAUCUCGCUAUCAAGGGUAUCGUCGGGUUGGCAUGUAUGGCCGAAAUCGCCUCUGCUACAGGCAACUCUGACAACGCGACGACAUACACGACUCUAGCGACAGAGUAUUUCAACAACUGGACAGAGCUUGCAAUCGACCCGUCCGGCCACCACACUAUGCUCGGAUACCAAUGGCGCUCAUCCUGGGGAUUACUCUACAACGUCUUCCCUGCACGCUUGUUGUCUCUACCUAUCAUACCCGACUCGAUCUACGAUAUGCAAUGCGCCUAUUACCCAAGUGUAUCCCAGAUCUUCGGCGUCCCACUGGAUAAUCGCCACGCAUACACAAAGUCAGAUUGGGAACUCUGGACAGCAGCGACAUGCACCAGUCCAACUAGACGGCUUUUCGUGAAUGCGUUGGCGUACUGGUUGAACGAGACGGACACAAGUCUGCCGUUCACCGAUUUAUACUUGACGAUCGAUGAGGGUGGGUAUCCGAAUAGUGAUACGGCGCCGACGCCGAUCGAAUUCAUUGCCAGGCCCGUGCAGGGAGGGUUGUUCUCUCUGCUCGCGAUGUUCGUGAGAGGUGGGAAUGCGGUGUCUUUUCCGUCGCAAAACAGUUCGGGUGGCAAUACGACGCAGCCUAGUAUACCUAACAAUGCGACGACGACGGUGACAAGCUACAGUUUGCCUAUGAACACUACUUGGACGUCCUCGUCGGCAAUGUCGUAUUCUGUGUCGAGUGGGGUUACGGAGUCGGUGAAUCUCAGCACUACUACCGCUGCUACUGCGUACAGUGAGACGUACACUACCACCCAGACUUACAAUUACACGCUGCCGACGACUUACGUCUCAACGGCAACGGAAUCACCGACGCAAGAGACAUGGAUCAGCUUCAAUAUCAGCUCUGCUGUGACUGGGCCGCCGACUUGGACUACGAGUACGACAGGCACCUCCUCCUCUUGGUAA